AACACAUUAAAUAUGGCUCUUUCGAUCGACAGUUGAGCGACUUCUAACAGCAAGAUGAUCUUUUCGAAACCUAUAUGAAUCAUGGAGGAGACGUCAUCCAGCUCUAAAGUCACUGUCGAGUACUUCGACCCAUAUGGAGUCUACCAGCUGCUGUCCCCAGGACUCCUUCCGCGAUUACCUUUGCGAAAUCUACAUUGGAAUUCCCAUUCCGGGCCUUUGCGAUCCAUAUCCACGCUACAUAUAGACCUCCAACCUUCCGCGCAAGAUAUCCGCCCGCUGUCGACAUUAAACCCAGCUUCAGCCAGCACAUCGAGUCUUUCCCGAGUGAAGAGCGAGGACUCGGCAGCAAGUGGUGACGAUGGCUUUCGAACGCAAGCAUUGAGCCAGCCGGCGGGAGACAGGCCAGCAUCUGUAUCUGGACCUGUCAAACCAGUGAAAGAACGAAGACACCAGAUACCAGGGCUUCGGCAGACCCCAUAUUUGAAAGUCUUCUUCUUACGAUGCGAUGAUAAUGACACGUAUAAGAACCAAGCCAGGCGGCAGGUUAGGGAAUGGAUAAAGGACCAUACACCACCAGCUCAAAGCACCUCGAAGAAUACUCCGCAGGAAAAUCACGACGCCUAUGAGUGGUUGAUCAUACAUGUUAUUGUCCCAAAUACGGCUGCGGCGACACAACCUCGAACAGGUGGGAAAAGCUCCGAGGGCGGCUCAAGUUCUAUCUCUGAAAAAUCUGGGCCAAGAUGGCGUGGUGGAGGAUCCUCCACUAUUCUGGAGAAAUUACGAGCAGAUUUCAAUGGCACGUCUAAGUCUGCUGUAGACCGAGUAGCUCAGAUACGUAUCGGGAUCAAUGAUGUGCCAUACGAUAUGCUACCUCGUGUUGUACCAGCAAUUCCAGGUUCAUACUCCGAGACACCACAAGAGAAUGAGAAUGCAUGGCUGGACUUAGUUUCGAAACUCAAAUCACUUAUUCUCGCUUCUUUUGAUGGGCGUGUAAGCCAGUAUGAAGAGGACAUCCGGGAGAAAGAUGCACAAAGGUCAUUACCAGGCUGGAACUUUUGCACAUUUUUCGUGCUCAAGGAAGGUCUUGCACGAGGAUUCGAAAACGUUGGACUGGUAGAAGACGCUCUUGUAGGAUAUGAUGAGCUGGCGGUCGGGCUUGAUGCCAUCAUCAGAGAACAGUCUUCGACCGGCUCGAGUGUUGCACGUGGUGGUUCUUUCUUGCCGUACACAGAAGAUCUCAAGCGGAGGGCAGAAAAGGCUAGAGCUGCCAUAUUGCGAGACAUGGGUGCUGGCGAUGCUGCAGAAAGUGACGAACCAAUCGACUUACAGUCCACGACCAAGCUUUCGGGCAACGAGGAUGAUGAGAUUCCUCUUAACGCAUCAAAGAAACGCUACCGAGAACUGAUUCUCGCGAAUGAUAUCUCAAUCUUUGAUUUCCGCUGCUAUCUUUUCGCACGUCAGCUCUCGCUAUUAUUGCGGCUUGCAAAUGCAUGGUCAUCUCAAGAAGAGUUACUUGCAAAGCUAAAAGAGCAGCGAGAAUCAAGUUUGCAAGGCGUUGCUGCUCGUCUCCCUGCUUCUCAGCCGGCUGACGAUGCAGAAGUCCUCAAUGUUCUUGGAGAGAUUUGCAGAAGAUCCAUGACUUUUGUCUCGUCCAUUUCUCGCAUCAUGAGAGAGGACAUCUCGGCAUCAUUCCAAGCGUCGAAUGCAACAGGAGACACACAAGUUGAAAUCAUUGACCCAAUAAUGACACAAGUUGUGGACAAUAUUGUAUCUUCGUUUACGUUCGGCAUUUCCCAACAGAUCCUUGCACAAACUUCCACAAAAUCAUUGCCCAUUCCUCCAUCAACGUUAGCGCCUCCGAGCAGCAGAAUAGGGCUCGAUGGUCAAGAGCCUAAAGCUGCUAUACCAGAACCCAAAACAAUGAUGCAUCCCGCCAGGAGUAGCUCCCUUGCUCUUCGAUCAAGCUCUCGAGAGCCGCCUAGCCCAGGUCGGUUCCCUGGCGGAAGGAGAUCUUCUGUCCCAGAGCAAGGUGCAGCUUCGUCUCCAUUUUUGAAAGCAGGGUUAGAACAGCUUGCUGGCCAUAGAGCUGAACUCUAUGUCCUGUCCAGGAGUAUUCUUGAGCAAGUGGGUAAGGAGCGAGGUUGGAGCUCUGGCUGGGCUGAAAUGGAAGAUCUCCAUUCAAGUGGUGGAGGCGAGAUGGAAGACAUCGAUCUCAACCAGGAGCCUGCCACUGUUGAAGCUUCGACACUUUCCAAAAUCCCACCUUCAUCCUAUGGCAUCGAGAAUAAGCUUCUUCAGACUGCUGUUGAUAACAAGGACGAUUUUUAUCGUCUCUACGAGACUCUGACAGACAAAGCACUACGCCACUUUACGGUUGCAAACCACAUACAAUCUGUCCAGUCAAAUAUGGCCGAUCUUGCUAUCCUGAAGUACCACCUCGGCGACUAUGCUGCAGCAGCGUCAUACUUUUAUCGUAUGACACCCUUCUAUGGUGAAGGUGGAUGGGCACAAGUCGAGCUUUCUAUGCUAAUCAUGUACGCGAAAUGUCUACGGGAGCUACAGCGAAAAGAAGAGUAUGUCAAAGUAGUCCUGAAGCUGUUAUCAAAAUCUGCCAUGGUGGAGAAGGAGAGAUUGCAACGCAAAUCCUCCUUCCAGAUAGGUUCCAAAAACACAUUCAGCCCUGAGGUGUUGCCAACCGAAUCCUACUUGUCAGACUUACUGGAGAUAACAAAAACUUUGCCUCAUGAAGUGCACGUCCCUCUACAGAAUUUUUUCGCUCAUAUUGAGGUUGACAACACAGUUCGAUAUCAUCCUGAGAUGGACAGCUUCGGCUUACAGCUACGCCUGCACUAUUUGCUUUCAGAGAGUAUCACUAUCGAUAAAGCCAAAGUCAAAAUUGUGUCCUUGCUCGGAGAAACCAGUCGAGAGAUAUGGUUGGAGAUGGAAGGUGAUACUGUUUUCGGGAAAGGGAUGGUCAAAUUGGCCGUGAAAAGCAAUACUCUCGUUCCCGGGACGUAUAUCGCCACCCAAAUCAUCCUUCAAUCUAGCAACAUCACUCUCCAAUACGAUCAUAACAGCGCCAGCGUCCCAUGUACAAAGGCUGGCUCAUUCUUCAGAAGUCCAAAGCUUCUGAUCUACCACAGGACUAAAGCAUUUGACGUGCGGCUGUUCGCAUCCAGAUACAUGCAUUUAGAUCGUAAUCGCUCACUCGAGAUCGAGUUAUUACCUGGGUGGAAUACUGUGGCAAGUGGCGAGAUUCAUGUCCGAGCAGCAACUGCAGGACUGAGGGUUCAGACGAGCGAAACCAAAUUACUUGUCGGAUCUUUGGAAAUUUUUAAGAAGUCUGAGCCUGGUAUUGUUCGCUUCGGUGCGAUGGAGCAGCAGUCGAGAUCCAGACUAGUCAUGCCUUUCAAUCUUGAGCAUGAGGUCGGCGAGAUAUCUCUCAAGAUAGAGAUCACUUACACCACAGAGAAAGGAGUCUUUUUCUUUGCAACUACUCCAUCGGUCUCAAUCUCGCUCCCACUCGGGGUCAACGUUCAGGACGUCUUCAAGCAUAAAGCUCUCUUCUCCAAAUUCACCAUUUCAUCAUCUACAUCCAGCCCUAUCCGUCUGUUGAGCUCCCGCUUGGAGGGCUCAGAGGUGUUUGGUGCCGAAGGCGGAGUUCCAAUUUCCAAGCCUUUGGUCGUAUUUCCUCGCCAACCUGCGACAAUGCUAUAUAAGAUUACAAAGUUGAGAUCCCUCUCAAAACCAGAGAUUGGUUCACGAAAAGGCCCGAAAUCGUCGUUGUCGUUAGUUUUAAAUUAUACUUGUAUAGAGGAGGAGAUUGAGAACGCAGUGACCGAAGACCUUUCUCAGUUUCUUGAGAAGAAAUCUCUCGACUCUUAUGCCCGGCUCAUGGUUCCGGUCGUGCUUGCUGAAUUACGAUCACAUCUCUCUUCGUACGAUUUUGAGAAAACGGCUAUAUUGAACGAAAUAUCAACCUCUAUCCUGUCGUCUAUCAAUUGGCGAGAUCACUUUUCAGGUCUCGGUCGCGAACCGGAGUCAAGUAAAGACACAGCAUUGGUGAUGGAAGAGUGUCUCCACAGCUGGGUUCAGCAGAAGUCCAGUAUAUCUUUGGCUCAAGUAUCUAUCGAGGACGAGUCAAUGCGGAACAGUCGAUCAAUUGUCAUUCCUGUCGACAUACCAUCUGUCACGGUUGUUCACACAGCAGACUUCAAGCUGCUCGAUCCUCCGCCAGCUGCAACCAACAUGGUCAUAGCUGCCUCAAACCAGCCUAUCUCAGCAUCUUUGGACAUCAAGUGGACCAGGAUUUGGGACACUGAAAUCCCUUCAGAAACUGGUGCUGGAUCUCAAAACGAGUAUAUCGAGUUCUUCUACGAAGUCUCAGGGGCGUCAGAUACUUGGCUCAUCGGCGGAAGAAGGAAAGGUCAUUUCAGAAUACCGAGGAUUCAUCAAGAACACGAUACCAAGGCGAAGCUAUCUUUCCCGGUCGUCCUGAUCCCUUUAAGAGAAGGAUUUCUUCCAUUUCCGAACGUCGAUAUUAAACCAGCUCAUUCUCUCAAGCAUGUCGGUUAUGCUGAGGACGAGACACCACGUCUGAAGCGACCUGUUGUAACUUGUGAGACGGACUACAAAAAUGCUGGAGAGACUUUGAGAGUGAUUAGUGAUGCACGGAAGACGACUGUUAGCCUUGAUGCAAGCGGACCGCAAGGUGGAGCAUGGCUGCUUGAGAGUGAACGAAGGAGUCCGGGCAAUGGAGGAAUUGUCCUAGGUUAAUCGUCGCUAAACAGUAGAUUGAAAGCCUAUCCAGGAGGAAGGGGAUGUUAGACUAGGUCCAUGCCGGAACUAUACCACGCGACUUACGAGGGUCACUUGGGACACGCGUC